AUGUUGCGACCGGCGACGCCCUUGUCGCUGCUGCUGCUGGCUGCCUUUGGCCUGCUGCUCCUCUCGGCCCUGUCCGUUCCCGUCACCAAGUUUAUACCCAUGGGAUCGUUCAAGGAUGCAAAGUUUGGAGUCUUUGGCUUUUGCAAGGACGGCGGCACUUGCAGCUCCAUCGGCGUAGGAUACGACACAGAGCAAUUGCUCGACAACGACAACCAGGCAUUCGACCUGCCCGUCAGCGUUCGCGAUACCAUUUCCGUCAUUCUCAUCGUCCAUCCCGUCGCCGCGCUUCUCGCCCUCGCCAUGUUCGUCAUGGCCGCGGCCUCCCAUCUCCACGGCCCGGGCCACUCGGCGAGGUACCUCCUCGUCCUCUUCAUCUUCAUCCUCAUCACCUUUCUCAUUUGCCUCCUGGCUUUCUUGGUUGACGUUCUCUUGUUCAUUCCGCACCUUGCGUGGGGCUCCUACAUGGUUCUCGCCGCCACAAUCAUCCUGGGCCUGAGUGGUAUCGGCUCCUGCGCCAUGCGCCGCGCCGUAGUUAGUAGGUUGGCGCACAAGAGGAGGGUUGAAGAGAAUGCCGAGAUGAGCGGAGAAAACUACUACACCCGAGAGGUCCAGUCAAAGCCCUCUACUGCCGUCGCGAACCAGCCCACGCUGCCUCUGUUCGCCUCGUUUGAAAACCAAACGAAAGAGGACCGGUCCAGCGACGAACUGACGCAGCGAACCCACUCGGAGAGGUCGCCAAACGCGGUCCCCUACGGCAUGGCAGACUCGGGUCAAGCUGCGUUGAGACGGGCCCCUCCUCCUCGAGAUCCAGGCCGUGGCGCCCCCGGAUACGGACGCGGAGGCUCGAUGCGAGGCAGAGGAGGAUACGGCCAGUCCGACGGGAGAGCAGCGUACGGCCCACCGCCACGCGACAUGUACGGAAACAGGGGUGCGCAAGGGCCGCCCUCGACCUACAACAACGCUGGGCAGUACGAUAGGAGGCCGUCGGCCGAUGCCAUGUAUUACGGGCAGCAACCGCCUCAGAGCUCGCUCAGUCCCGGCUGGUAUGCCGAGAAAAAUGCCGCGGCGCCCGCGUUCAGGAAUGACUAUGAAGCGCACAACCCCGGAACCGGCCUCCCGAGGGCCGAAUCGCCUCCGCCAUUUCUUGGAAACGACCCCUCAACGGCAGUGGGCCAACCUGUAGAGAUGGAAGCGGCACAAGCGGAUGCCCCCAACACGGCUGACCAGUACGGCCAGAUGCGAGACAAUGACAUGGACGUGGCUGGCAUGGUCGGUCUGCAACAGGCUCGACCUCGGGCUCGUCAUGAAACCAUGAUGACCGAGGGAAGCAGAUACAGCACCGACGAGCCGUAUGUCCCGCCCCGCGCAGCGUGGAACCAGGCCCCGCCGAACCGACCAGGCGCGGAUGCCGCUGGACCAAAAUCACCGCCCGUAAAGGCCCCCCAGGACGCCAACUACUACGAGGAUGUGUAUGCUCUGUACAGUGGUCCGGAGCACGCAGACAACCAGCCCCGGCCCGCUGCGAACCCCGGGUACGAGGGUGGCCUCGCCCCGACGGGCAGGGCUCGCAGCCCCUCUGAAUCUGAACGUUCAAACUUCACCUCCAUCUCCCAGCGGGGAGUCAACCCUCGUUGGAACCCGAAAACCAUGCAGGGGCCGCAAUACCAGAACGCGCCGCCCCGUCGUAUGGCCCAGCAGCAGAAGCAGCGGCGGCAGGACUUGCUGCUGGACAACCCCGACUUCCAGCUACCUGGCGGCCGCUCCAAGGGCGGCACACAUAGAGCCGGCCCUGGCAUGGUGCCCGGCGGGGCCUACCCAACGAGCCCCUUGUAG